AUGGAGACUGAUUGGAAUGUAGAAGAUCCGCCGACACCAAAGGUGACCUCUCUAACGUCGCUGGACACGGGCGUACGGCCCGCGCCCAGUGGCGCCGCCUACGUGGCCGAGAGGAAUACAUGCCUGAACUUAUUUUCAAGAUGGAACGAAACAGACCAGGUGGAGUUUGUGGAGCAGCUACUAGCACGGAUGUGCCAUUAUCAGCAUGGCCACAUCAAUGCAUACCUCAAACCAAUGCUUCAAAGGGAUUUCAUCAGUAUGCUACCAAAAAAAGGUCUAGACCACGUAGCAGAAAACAUCCUGUCAUAUUUGGACGCAAACUCGCUGUGUGCCGCGGAGCUGGUGUGCCGUGAGUGGCAGCGUGUCAUCUCCGAGGGCAUGCUGUGGAAGAAGUUGGUCGAGAGGAAAGUGCGGACUGACUCACUGUGGCGAGGGCUCGCCGAGAGGAGGGGUUGGAUCCUUUAUCUGUUCAAGCCGAAACCGGGUUGCCAGCAUCCAUCUCACUCGUUCUACAGACAGCUUUAUCCCAAGAUUAUACAGGAUAUACAGUCUAUUGAGGACAAUUGGAGAAUGGGCAGGCAUAACUUGCAGAGAAUAAACUGUCGAUCCGAGAACUCCAAAGGCGUCUAUUGCUUACAGUACGAUGACAACAAAAUUGUAUCAGGGCUUAGGGAUAACACUAUCAAGAUUUGGGAUAGAAAAACAUUGCAGUGUGUUAAGGAACUUCAAGGCCACACAGGCUCAGUACUUUGUCUCCAGUACGACGAGCGAGCGAUAAUCUCUGGCUCCUCGGACAGCACAGUCAGAGUGUGGGACGUCAAUACGGGAGCGAUGCUGAACACUCUCAUACACCACUGUGAGGCAGUCCUCCAUCUCAGAUUCUGCAAUGGCAUGAUGGUUACCUGUAGUAAGGAUAGAUCAAUAGCCGUAUGGGAUAUGACGUCCACUACUGAGAUCAUGCUGCGACGAGUCCUGGUCGGGCACAGAGCAGCCGUCAACGUCGUGGACUUCGACGAGAAGUACAUAGUCAGUGCUAGUGGGGACCGCACUAUUAAGGUGUGGAAUACUUCUUCAUGCGAAUUCGUACGUACAUUGAAUGGGCACAAACGUGGCAUAGCGUGUCUGCAGUAUAGAGACCGUCUAGUGGUCUCUGGCUCAUCGGACAACACCAUCCGGUUGUGGGACAUCGAGUGUGGCCAGUGCAUACGAGUUCUGGAAGGUCACGAGGAGCUAGUGCGUUGUAUACGGUUCGACAACAAGCGCAUAGUGAGCGGUGCAUACGACGGCAAGAUCAAGGUGUGGGACCUGCGCGCCGCGCUCGACGUGCGCACGCCGCACCAGGACCUGUGUCUGCGCACGCUCGUAGAGCACACGGGGCGAGUGUUCCGGCUGCAGUUCGAUGAGUUCCAGAUAGUUUCGUCGUCGCACGACGACACCAUCCUCGUGUGGGACUUCCUCAACUGCGGCGGCUCGCCGGCCGCUCCCGCCUCCGCUUCCGCUUCGGCGCCCGCCGCAGCGCCCGCGCCCGCGCCUGCGCCCGCUCAGCGCCGCGCCUCGCCGGAUCGCGACCGCUUCUACGACUAG